AUGGCAGCUUGGGAAGAGUAUCUGGCAAAUCAAACUAAUAUUGAUGGCGUCCAGAUGACGUGGAAUUUAUGGCCACAUUCACGAAUCGAUGCACAAAGACUUAUUGUACCUAUUGCUGCCUUUUUCACUCCUCUUAAAGAACGUCCAUCAGAUCAACCCCAUCAGCCACUGCUUGAAUAUGAUCCUGUUUUAUGCCAGAAACCAUCCUGCAAAGCAGUCUUGAAUGCUCUAUGGCUAGUGACUUUUCAAAUUGCCAUUUUGCGUAGAAUCCAACUUAUGGUCGAUUUUCGAAAUAAAACGUGGAUUUGUCCGUUUUGCAAUCAGCGCAAUCCGUUUCCUCCACAUUACAGUAUGAUUGCGGAAGACAAUCGUCCACCAGAAUUGUAUCCACAAUUUACAACCAUCGAAUACACCUUGAAGAAAGCUACAACUAUGCCACCGAUAUUUCUCUUCGUUGUGGACACUUGCCUACCACAAGAAGAGUUGAAAGCAUUGAAAGAAUCCAUUCAGACGGCACUUUCCCUCCUUCCUGCCGAUGCACUUGUUGGUUUGAUAACUUUUGGGCGAAUGAUUGAAGUACAUGAGCUUAAUGUACAAGGAAUCUCACGAGCUUAUGUCUUUAAGGGUAGCAAAGAAAUUAAUCAGAAACAAAUUCGAAAUGUUCUAUCAAUGAAUAUUGGUCGACCAGGCGUCAACGUUGGUGCAGCUCCAGGUGUUCAUCAACAACUAGGAUCAGGAAUAGCAGGUCAAGCAUCACAGCAAAGACCUGGUUUCCCCAUAGGAUCUAGUGUUCCCGGUAGUGGUCCUGCCGUCGUGCAAGGAAUGACCGGAAACUGCAUACUUCCAUUUAACAAGUUUCUUCAGCCGAUAAGCGAUUGCGAAGUGUCAAUAAAUGACCUUAUUGAACAAACCGUACCGGAUCGUUGGCCAGUUCCGCAAGGAAAUCGUCCUCUUCGUGCGACGGGUAGUGCACUUGCUGUUGCUGUCACUCUGCUUGAGGUAUGUUUUCCUAAUACUGGAGCUCGAAUCAUGUUAUUUAUUGGUGGUGCUUGUACUCAUGGACCAGGAGCUGUAGUGGGUGAAGAACUCAAAAAUCCGAUCCGUUCGUGGCACACUAUAAAGGAAGACAAUGCACCGUACAUUAAAAAAGCAACAAAGUUCUACGAUGGUUUGGCUACACGUGCAGUAAAAAAUGGUCAUGUAAUUGAUAUCUAUUCAUGCGCAUUGGAUCAAACAGGCUUACAUGAAAUGCAUGCAUGCUUCAAUACAACUGCAGGAAACGUAGUCAUGGGCGAUAGUUUCAAAUCAUCACUAUUCAAGCAAACAUAUCAACGUGUUUUCGAGAAAGAUUACAAUGGAUUUCUCAAAAUGGGUUUUAAUGCGACCAUGGAAGUGAAAGUUGGUAAUGGUUUGAAAAUCGAAGGUGUUCUUGGUUGCUGUGCAAAUGGCGGUGUAAAGAAUGCUUCAGUAUCAGAUACGGAAAUGGGCAUUGGUGGUACUUGUCAGUGGAAAUUUUGCUCCAUCAAUCCACGAACAACAAUUGCCGUAUUGUUCGAGAUUGUUGCGCAGCAUGGUUCUGGAAUAGCACAAGGUUCACAUGGUAUGGUGCAAUUUGUGACUCAAUAUCAGCAUCCAGAUGGACGAAAACGUAUUCGCGUUACAACUACAUGCCGAAAUUGGACUGAUAUGGCAACUCAGCAGCCGAGCAUCGCAUACGGCUUCGACCAGGAAGCUGGUGCAGUAAUAAUGGCUCGAUUAGCUUCUUGGCGUGCAUCAUCAGAAAAUGACACACCAGAUGCACUGAGGUGGCUGGAUAGAAGUUUGAUCCGUUUAUGUCAGAAGUUUGGUGAAUAUCAUAAGGAUGACCCGUCAUCAUUCUGCUUAUCGGAGAAAUUCGCUCUCUUUCCACAAUUUAUGUUCCAUUUACGACGAUCACAAUUUUUGCAAGUAUUCAAUAAUUCACCGGAUGAAACAUCUUAUUAUCGACAUAUUUUGAUGUUCGAAAAUGUGCUGGAAAGUACUACUAUGAUACAACCUGUAUUGUUUGCUUAUUCUUUUAAUGGUCCACCGGAACCAGUUCUGCUGGAUACGUCAUCUAUUCUUCCCGAUCGGAUUCUGUUGAUGGAUGAUUAUUUUCAUGUUUUAAUUUAUCAUGGCCAGACAAUUGCCGCUUGGCGCAAAAUGAACUAUCACGAAGAUCCUCAGUACAGCGCAUUCAAGCAGCUACUGGAAGCGCCAAUAAGUGACGCAACAACAAUUUUACAAGAGAGAUUCCCAAUGCCACGUUACAUCGUCACGGAAUAUGAAGGCUCUCAGGCCCGAUUUUUAUUGUCCAAGGUUAAUCCAUCCUUAACACACAAUAAUCCAUAUGCAGCGGAAGGUGGCGCACCGGUCUUUACGGAUGAUGUCUCUUUACAGGUUUUCAUGGAGCAUCUCAAGAAAUUAGCUGUUUCUUCGUCCACUUGA